CGCGUUAGAGGUGGUGUUGAGGCACUGACUAGCGUGAGCUAGCGCGCUAAGAGUUAACUGUUCAUCAGCGAUGGUGUGACUUCAGAAAUUCGACAUUAGUGAUGGAUUAAAGAGAAACGCGCGGACAUCAUUCAAGGGUUUGAGGAGUUUUCUACAGAAAGAAGAAGUUUAUCCGAAGAGCGGACUGAAACUUUGCUGAAGUCGGUUGCGGCUUGUUAAUCCAAACUUCCUUAAUAUGCAGUUUAAAGUUUUGAGGGUAUCGUAGUAGUGCACUUCAUCUUCAGGUUGUUGAUGUGAACGCAGUGUAAAGACCUCGGGGUCGGUGCUGAGCCCAGUGGAACUCUCAGGAAGCUAAGGUUCUGAACACACAUGGCCUGGAGUGCGUUCGUAGCCAUGGACAGAGCGAUCGCGACGCGUUCCGACCCGCCAAGCCCCGAUCCGCUCAAACCGGCCCCCGGCGCCGCCCUGCAGGUUCAGCUGUACUACUGCAGCCAGAGCGCCGGCUCCUCGGUCCUCACCUUCCCACCUGGAGAUUACGUAGCGGAGGAGCUCUGCAUCAAGGCUGCCAAAGAGUGCGGUGUUAGCCCCAUGUACCUGAGUCUGUUCGGGCUGAUGAGGGAGGGCGAGCGCGUCUGGUUCCCUCCAAACCAUAUCUUUAAAGUCGAGCAGGCGACCAAUGAGAAGCUCCUGUUCAGGAUCAGGUUUUAUUUCCCCAGCUGGUACGGGAGAGGAUCGAGCCACGCCCACCGCUACGGCGUCACCAAGAGCUCCGAGGCUCCCGUGUUUGAUGACGUCACCACGGCGUAUCUGUUCGCCCAGUGGAGGAGUGAUUUUGUGGAUGGUUUGGUGAGUGUCCCCGUUACCCAUGAUGCUCAGGAGGAAUGCCUCGGCCUGGCGGUGCUGGACAUGAUGAGGAUUGCUAAGGAGAAAGGCCGCGCGCCUAUCGAAAUAUACCAUGACUACAGCUACAAGAGUUUCCUGCCCAAAGCCAUCCGCGCUCACAUCCAGCGCUACCACAUCGUGACGCGGAAGCGGAUCCGUUAUCGGUUCCGGCGGUUCGUGGAGAGUCUGCGGUGCUACAAGGCCCCCGUCACGGAGCUCAUGCUGAAGUACGUGGCCAGUUUAGAGGUUCUGCAGCCUGGGUUCUACACCGAACGCUUCCUGGUCUCGCACCCCAUCCAUGGCAUGGUGACCAUCGUCGUCACCGGCAACCAUGGCAUCCAGUGGACCAAGGCGAAGGACGCUGGAGAUGGACAGGACGUCCAGACGUACUGUGAUUUCCCUGAUGUUAUUGAUAUCAGCAUUAAGCAGGCGAGUAAAGACGGUUCUGUCGAGAGUCGCAUCGUCACCAUCAACAGACAGGACGGCCAGCCACUGGAUUUGGAGUUCUCGUCCCUGUCCGAGGCGUUGUCCUUCAUCUCCCUGAUCGACGGCUACUACAGACUCACCACAGAUGCUCAUCAUUACCUGUGCAAAGAGGUGGCGCCCCCUAGGCUGCUCGAGGCCAUUCAGUGUAACUGCCACGGCCCCGUCUCUAUGGAAUUUGCCGUCAGUCGUCUCCGCCGCUGUGACAACGCUAAAGGCAUGUACAUCGUGCGCUGCAGUCCCAAAGACUACGACAAGUACUUCCUGUCCUUCGUGGUUGAGUAUGACGGUGUCUUUGAGUAUAAACACUGUCAGAUCGUGCGCACUCCAGAAGGCGAGUUUGUCCUGAGUGGAGCGAAGUGUGUGUUCAGCAGUCUGAGUGAGCUUCUGCACCGCUACCAGAAGGAGGCGCUGCGCUCCGAGGGUCACAUCUUCCAGUUCACCAAGUGCUGCCCUCCGAGGAACAAAGAUAAGUCAAACUUGUUGAUCUGUAGAAGUGAUCAGGGCUCAGAUGUUCCGUUUUCUCCAUCACUCUCCAAACAUACCCAGAUGGUCUUCCACAAAAUCCACAGAGAGCAUCUGCAAAUGCUGGAUUGUCUGGGACAGGGGACGUUCACGCAGGUGUUCCGUGGAGUCAGGAGUGAGGUGACGGAUUAUGGGGAGGUGCACAAGAUGGACGUGGUGUUGAAGGUGCUGGACAAGAGCCAGCGCAACUACACUGAGUCGUUCUUUGAAGCAGCCAGUAUGAUGAGUCAGGUUUCCCAUAAGCACUUGCUGCUGAAUUAUGGGAUCUGUGUGUGUACAGAGGAGCACAUCAUGGUGCAGGAGUUUGUGCGUUUUGGUUCUUUGGACACGUACCUGAAGAGGAACCGCAGCUCCAUCAACAUCACCUGGAAGCUGGAGGUGGCCAAGCAGCUGGCCUGGGCCAUGCACUACCUGGAGGAUAAGAGCCUGAUCCACGGGAACGUGUGCGCCAAAAACAUUCUGCUCGCUAGAGAAGAGGACAGAAAGACACACACUCCACCUUUCAUCAAACUGAGUGACCCGGGAAUCAGCAUCUCAGUUCAGCCAAGAGAGAUUCUGAUCGAGCACAUCCCCUGGGUUCCCCCGGAGUGUGUAAAGGAUCAGAGGAACCUGAGCUUAGCCACGGAUAAGUGGAGCUUCGGCACCACACUGUGGGAGAUCUACAACGGAGGAGAGAAACCGCUCAGCUCCUACGACUCCUCCAAGAAGCUGCUGUUCUAUGAGGACAGACACCAGCUCUCGGCUCCUAAAUGGACAGAACUCGCCUCUCUGAUCAACACCUGUAUGGAUUACGAGCCGUUCCAGCGUCCGGCCUUUAGAUCCGUCAUCCGAGACCUGAACAGCCUCUUCACCCCUGAUUACGAGUUAUUGGUAGAGAACGAUGUUGUUCCCGUUAGAAACCGAGGCUUCGGGUUGCCCGGGACGCUCGACAGCCAGGAGCCGACUCAGUUCGAGGCGAGACACUUGAUCUUCCUGCAGCAGCUCGGGAAGGGUAACUUCGGCAGUGUGGAGAAGUGUCGUUACGACCCCCUGCAGGACAACACCGGGGAGGUUGUAGCGGUGAAGAAGCUGCAGCACAGCACCGCCGAACACCUGCGCGACUUCGAGAGGGAGAUCGAGAUCCUGAAGUCACUCCAGCACGAGAACAUCGUCAAGUACAAGGGAGUGUGUUACACUGCUGGCCGCAGGAACCUGCGCUUGGUGAUGGAGUACCUCCCGUUCGGCAGCCUGAGGGAAUACCUCGCCAAGAACAAGGAGCGCUUCGAUCACAAGAAACUGCUGCACUACGCAUCACAGAUCUGCAAAGGAAUGGACUAUCUGGGUUCUAAGCGUUAUAUCCACAGAGACCUGGCCACGCGGAACAUUCUGGUGGAAAGUGAACUGCGUGUGAAGAUCGGAGACUUCGGCCUGACCAAGGUUCUCCCUCAGGGGAAAGACUAUUACACGGUGAAGGAGCCGGGAGAGAGCCCCAUAUUCUGGUACGCUCCUGAGUCUCUGAUGGAGAGCAAGUUCUCGGUAGCGUCAGAUGUUUGGAGUUUUGGAGUCGUUCUGUAUGAACUGUUCACCUACAGCGACAAGACCUGCAGCCCCCCUGCUGUGUUUAUGGACACGAUGGGUGUGGAUAAACAGGGACAGAUGAUUGUUUAUCACCUGAUCAGUCUUCUUAAAGGCACCUACAGACUUCCCGCUCCUCAGGGCUGCCCUGCUGAGGUGUAUCGCGUGAUGAAGGACUGCUGGUUGGCCGAUCCGGGUCAGAGGCCGUCCUUCAGGUCUCUCAGUCAAACCGUGGACUCUAUCAGGGAGAGUAAAGAUGGAUGAACACCUCACAUCAUCCACACGAAGGUUUAAAAGGACAGUGGGGGUGGGAAGGGGGUUGCUGAGGACACUCGGGUGUUAUUAGGACGCAGCCUUUAUCCAGGUCCCUCCAUGACUCUUGCCUCUCUCACACACAUUUGCACUGUAUAUGUUACCUUCAGCAGUCGCCAUGACGACAUGCAGGUGUAAAAACAACAAAAACAUUCCACUAUUGUUUAAGUGUGUAUACUUUAUACUCAGGGUGUGUGUGUGUGUGUGUGUGUGUGUGUGUUUUAAAGAAAUUUGCUUCUUCACAACCCAUCCGUCAGUGUUCAUCAGCUGGAGCUUAAAUGGCAUCUGUGAA